AUGUCUGGCGCAAACGUGCUCAUCAAAGAGUCCGCAAUGCCGGUGGACAUGCAGCAAGACUGCGCCGACUGUGCCGCGCACGCGCUUUUCACUUUGAAGCUGCGCGAGCAAACCGAGCUGGCGCAGUUCAUCAAGAAGGAAUUAGACGUCAAGUACGGCGGACAGUGGCACUGCAUCGUCGGGCACUCCUUCGGCUCCUGCAUUGGCCAUGAUGAGGCGUUCUUCAUCUACUUCGAGAUCGACGGCAUCUUCUUUAGUAUGUGGAGGAUGGAUAUGACGCUCGAAGCGAAGCAGGUGCCGAUCAACAGUGCAGGACGUACUGUCCAGGCUUCCGCCUAG